UUCCAUUGUUUAUCAUCAUCAGUCAAGCCGUAAUGAAACAUGGCGUCUCAAUGGUCUCGCUAGUCUCGCAAUGGGAUAUCGAAACCGAUGUUCUUGUGACAAAGGUGCCGCUUGACACGUCCUACGGUUGUAUGUUUCCGUGACCUGGCCGGUGGAGUGGACGAAAGCACCUUUUGUUAUUUUGUGGAUCGCUCGUGUUUCGCCCCGGCAGCUGCUUAACGCUUAAUCCUCGCGAAAGUUGAUGUGUCGGGGCGCGUCCAACAGCUGCGUUUGUUUUGGUGUGAGCACCGAAGCGACAGCGAACGGUGGAAGCGCCGAGCUCCUUGGUUACGUAAGGACUCUUGCUGGCAGAGCAUGGAAGAGAAAUCGCCCGCAGGCUCUCCGAACAGAGUGAGCGUCGAGAAGCAGAAGCGCAUAUUCAAGAUCAUCGUCAUUGGAGACACAAAUGUGGGCAAGACGUGUCUGACUUACCGCUUCUGUUGCGGAAAGUUUCCUGCUAAAACAGAGGCUACCAUUGGAGUCGACUUUCGCGAAAGGACAGUGGAAGUAGACGGUGAGCAGAUUAAGCUCCAGCUAUGGGACACAGCUGGCCAGGAAAGGUUUCGCAAAAGCAUGGUCCAGCACUACUACCGCAAUGUGCAUGCGGUGGUGUUUGUCUACGAUGUCACAAGGAUGGCAUCCUACCAGAGCCUGCCCCUUUGGGUAGAGGAAUGCGAUGAGCACCAACUCACCUCGGACAUUCCUCGCAUUCUUGUUGGUAACAAGUGUGAUUGCAAAGACAAGGCUGCAGUGAGCACCAACAUGGCACAGAAGUUUGCUGAUAUGCACAACAUGCCCCUCUUUGAGACUUCGGCUAUGGAUGAGAGUGAGUCGGACCAUAUAGAGGCCAUCUUCAUGACCUUGGCACACAAGCUAAAGAACAGCAAGCCCAUGAUGACACCAGCACACUGGCAGGCAGAGGAGCGCUCACGCUCUGUCAUGUUACGUCAUGCCAAUGAUCGAUCAUAUUCAGAGUCUUCUUGCGCCUGUUGAGACUUCAUCUUAUUGACAUUUCUCUAGCUUUUUGCCUAUGGCAUACGCACAGCAAAAUCUGGUCCCUUUGUUUUUGCUUCUGCUGCAGUGCAUUAUGUGUGACCAGAUGCCGACGUUAGCAUAUUGAUGUACAGUGGUUUGACUGAAGGACGUGUUUAUAUUGCUGCUUUAAGGCACAAUUUCUUUUGGCUUUGACAUUCGCUUUCUGUCAACAUCGCUGUUGUAAAUGUACACGGUGGUCCUUUAUCAAAGGGAACACGCGAGCGCGUGGCCUGUGCUCUGCGGCGGCUGCUUGGAGCGCCAGCAAGUGGCAGCAAAAGGAAUCGCGUCCGCUUUUGGCGUCAUCUAUUGGCGGCCAGAAUAACCAGACACGACUGAUGGGCAUGCUCAAGAGGCGGGGCCUGCAGUGCAGCAUCUGCUGCUAGCAAACUGCGCUCUACAUGAGCGUAGUGGAAACUUGUAAGUGCCAACAUACACCCGAUAGUUAAUAAGUACUCCAAGUGUAAUCUUUUACAGCACGCAGCUCUGGCUUCCUGCUUCCCCGCAUAGCGUGAAUAAAUGUAACCUGAUUCGAAGUGAUUUAGGAGAGAGCGAUGCACUCAAUUGAAACUUUGGUGGUGGCAAAUAAACACAAUUAAUUAAUUAAGCAAAUGUCACCAACACACCAAUAAUGAAGGCUAAUUGAUUAAUUAGGAGUACUUAUUUUUGAUGAAGAUUAAUUAAUUUAAUCCUAAUGGAUUAUGCUAAUUUAACCUAGAUUUAUUUUAGCUUCCCUACUCUUAAUUGCCCUUAAUUAAUCGUCAUUGUGCUUCAGUAAUUUCAUUGUAAUUGAUAUUAAUUAGGCUUCCUUACCUUCAUUUGUUUUUAGUCUUUUUCAGGCCUAAUAAUUUAAUGGUAAUUAAUCUUAUUAGUAUUUUAUUAACCUAAUUGCAACUAAUACCUCCAAGUACUCACUAUUUAUAGUCAUAAUCAUAAACCUCAGUAGUCACACAAAGUCACAAGGCAUUCUCAUAUAAACCCCUGCAGCACCCCAUGUACAUCUAUGGAGCUCAUUGUGACGUGUUACAGACAGACAGACGGUCAGAUUUCCGAGUAAAGUAGCCCUAGAGUGCUUACGCAUUAAAAUAUGCUGGGAGUACCUAAUAACUACCGGGCAUAUGUUGGCACUUCCACAUUUCCAGUGCGGUUGUGUGCCGACUGCAAUUUGCUAGCAGCAGAUGCUGCGCUGCAAGCCCCGCUCCUUGCACAAGUCAUGCGGGGGAGCGAGUCCAGCUAAAUCCAGCAGGCGCUUGCCUAUCAACUAUGCCUAGUUAUUCUGGCCGCCAAUAGAUGAUGCCAGAAGCGGACGUGCUUUCUCUUGCUGCCACUUGCUGUAGCUCUAAGCUGCCGCUGCAGAGCACAGGCCAUGUGCUCGCAUGUUCUCUUUCAUAAAGGACCACUGUGUACAGUGAGGUGAGAGGACUAGAAUGUGUCAAGAUCGCUGCGACCCAUAAGGUAUUAGUGACACAUCAGUAAUUGCACACACAUGCUAAAUUGUGUGCGUCACGUUGUAAUUCAGGGUGCUAAUGACGUCUUGUUUUGACAUAGUGUGCUUACACACUGAGCGCCCUUCUUUUAGCUUUUAACCUAUGCGCAAUCAGCAGGUAAAUGCAUGCCUCAGUGGAAUACCAAUGUUACAUUGUCUGAAACAUAUUUACAACUAAGCUUCGUUUCACUAUUAUCUGUGUGCCAACAACUGCUGCUCACAAUGAACUAAGUGAAAAUGCUAUUCGUUUUUCUAGGUGCUUCUCUGUAUUGGCCUUCAUCAUGUGAUAUUGCUGAGUUAUGAAACAGGUGGCAGCUUUUGUGUAGAGUUCAUUAAAAAAUGCAAGCAGCUAUCAAGGCAGAGCAUUUGAAUGCUAGCUCUUGUUGCUGGACUGACUCGGCUCAGAUGAGUUUAGUCUACACAUUUAUCGAAGAUUUGAAAUCAUGGCAGUAACAUUCCAUGUUGCAUCACUAUAUUUGCCCCUCUCAGAUCAGUGUAGCAGUUGGCCUAUGACCAACUUGAUCUCUUUGUCGUAAUCUCUGCUGCAGCAUCACUGAAGUGCAGAAUUUAGUGCACCAUAAAUCAGUUCAAUUCAGAGAGCUGUCGGCUGCUUUUUUCUGGUGAUGUUUUUGCACUCUGAUGUUCAUAUUACAUACUAAACAAAAAUUUUUUGUAACCCGAUUUCCUGUAUAGUAACAAUUAAACACGUAAAUAUUGCCAAGUUUGAGCAAUGAUUUACAUUGUAAAUGUAUUCAUGUUUGGAACACUGUGCUGAUCAACAAUCUUGAUGAAGUUAUGAUUCACAUAUUGGUGGCAAUAUUUGAGUACUGUGCAGAUGUAUGAUGUUUGUGCAGCUAUUUUACGAGAUUCAGUCAAAUUUAUAAUGCAGCCUUCGUUAUUCGUUAUUGGGAUGCUAAAGGCAAGUGACAAAAAACUUAAAAGGGAAGCUGGUGCUAACACUGUGAGACAUGAACUGCAAGCAGAUACUCAUGCAUGUGCUCAAAGCAUGCUUUAUCUAAAAAGCAGAACACUUUGUUCACUGCUGUCUCGCUUGUUGGGAGCUGCUUCGCGUAGAGCUGCAGUGAUCAACAGGGGUAUAGUAUUGUUGACUUUUAAUAAAACAAGACCUCACACGCUAUGGUUACGAGAGACUACCUCACGUGCUGUAUUAAGCAGUGCUCUACGAAUUUAUGCCAAAAAUUAUUAAUGGAAUUCCUACUGGUGUCACUUUCUUUCUGUAUUUUUUUUAUCAGUUAUCUUUAGUGUACAAAAUAAUAUUUGAACGCACUCUCCCUGUGAUUUUUAGUUUACAUGUCAGUUAGCUUCUAGAAGGCUGAAAUUAAAUAUGCCAGUUUCACUGACAUUGACUGAUUUUUUCCAUGAAAAAUCAAGUCUGUGGUGGGAGGUAGGCACGCCUAUUCUCGUGACAUCGUGCAAUUGAAGUUUUCCCCAUCAUGACUAGCCAUUUGGCCUUCCUAGAACCUAAGUCGAGUUCAUAUAUUGUAUUAUAACAAGACAUGCAAGAAAACUAUGGAAAAGGUAAACAUCAAAUGUUAUAAGUUCCUCACGAGAUGAGGUGUGACGGAAUUGUGCCUGAUGUCAUAAGAUGUCAUUAGCCUUCUCUGUUGCUAGCACUUUGGUGGUCUGGGCUAGAAAUGAAAGCAGUGGUUUUAUGUACAUGAUGUUCAGACCAGUAUAUGUUUUGUAGCUGGCAAAAAAUGUACUAUAAUGGUAUUUCAGCAAUGUUCAUUGACAGUUAUUUUUGUUUUAGAAGAAUCCGUACUGAAAAGAGGUUUUGCUAUUUGAUAAGUUGCUGUAUAUUGUCAGGUGUACUGAUUUAUGUUGGUGCCUCUGUCUCUAAAUAAAAGACUCUUAAACCUUU